GCAGUUUUUUCAAAGGCAAGUGGAUUCUCGGUCAAGUUUUACUUCGCUCUGUGAUUUCUCACAUUUCCAAGCAGAAAUUUAUAAAAUUUCUGCUCAAAUUGGUGUGUAUUUGAUUCAAUUAUUUGUUUCUUCGAAUCGCAAGCACACAAAUCCCAAGGGAGUUGCAUAUUAACAGCAGUUGCAACUCGGAUUUGAACUUGUUUAUAAUUCCCGCAUAGCAAGAAGAAGCAGUAGCAGUAACAAUAACAAUUAAAUAACCCCUCCACAUUGAACAUUGACAAGAAGAAGCAACAGCAACCAGCAACAUGGGAAAUGUAUUCGCGAAUCUAUUCAAAGGCCUCUUCGGUAAAAAGGAAAUGAGAAUAUUGAUGGUCGGUUUGGAUGCCGCUGGUAAAACCACAAUUCUGUACAAACUCAAAUUAGGCGAAAUUGUUACAACGAUACCUACCAUUGGUUUCAAUGUGGAGACUGUAGAAUACAAGAAUAUUAGCUUUACAGUGUGGGAUGUGGGCGGCCAAGACAAAAUUCGUCCAUUGUGGAGGCAUUACUUCCAGAACACACAAGGUCUUAUCUUCGUCGUUGAUAGCAAUGACAGAGAGCGUAUCGGUGAAGCGAGAGAGGAACUGAUGCGCAUGCUGGCCGAGGAUGAGCUCAGAGAUGCAGUCUUACUAAUAUUCGCCAACAAACAGGAUCUGCCAAAUGCAAUGAAUGCGGCCGAAAUCACCGACAAGUUGGGCUUGCACUCACUCAGAAACCGCAAUUGGUAUAUACAGGCGACGUGUGCAACCAGCGGCGAUGGGCUCUACGAGGGUCUCGAUUGGUUGUCCAAUCAGUUAAAGAAUGCUAAUCGCUAAAUUAACUACAGCAGCAGCAGCAACAACCACAACAACAAAAACAACAACAGAAUUAUUAUACACUAACUUUGAUUUCAAAAGCAAAGCAGCAACAACAAGAACAGCAACAACAACAGACAAC